ACGAGGAGCGCGCGGUCACACGAUCGAAGUGUGCGCACACCCUAGCCGAGGAGCGUGCGUGCAUCAGUGCGUCCAUGAUCGGCGGGACUGGCAAAGUCAGCCCAGAUGGACAAACGUGGUGGAGGCAGAAGGCGUCACACAGCCAGCAUCACCUGAGGCACUGGAAGGUGAUGCUGUGGCUUAUGGCAGCGUUGCUGGCGCUGGUGGAGGACGUACUGUCAGAGGAAGAUGGUCCAGAGACCCGUCUGGACCUGCAGCGUGUCCUCAGGCAGCCCUCCUGGCCUCCUGCACACAACCCCGAAGAGGACGUUGACCCUCUCUGGCCAGAAGCGUUAGAAGAAUGGAUGCUGCUGCAGGAAGAAGAUGUCCCGCAUCAGAGCAGGUGGCGCCGUUCACAUCAUGAUGCAGACGUGAGCAGAACUUCUAGGAGGAAGCGCAAGAGGACCAAGAGCAGCGUUGACUGCCGUGUGGAGAAGAGGCAAAUGCGAGUGCGUGACCUCGGCCUGGGCUACGACUCGGACGAGAUCGUCCUCUUCAAGUACUGCGUGGGCUCGUGUCACGGCGCCCGCAGGAACUAUGACCUGGCACUCAAGGCCCUGGUGACCCAGGGGAGCGUUUCCGGGCGCAAGGUCAGCAGCCAGCCGUGCUGUCGGCCCACCCGCUACGAGACUGUGUCCUUCAUGGACGACCACACCAUGUGGCAGACCAUCAAGUGGCUCUCUGCGGCCAACUGCAGCUGUGUGGGCUGACGAGGUGGAAGAUGCUUCUACAGAGUUGUGAUUGGUGAUGGUGUCCAUGGAAAGAAUGUUUCAUUAGGAGUGACUUCCGACAGUGAGAGAGCUGAGGAUGGAACCAGCAAACUCUACCACCCGAGAGAGCAGAGUGCGGGACUCACAAAGGCUGCUUAAAGAGCUGCACGCUAAGGCAUACUUGAGCUCUUCUCAGAAGCUGGCGAGGGUUGCCUUGUUGCUCCUGGAGGGAGGCCAGAUACCUCCAUAAAGCAGCCGUGGCACUAUGUGGAUUGUCUGCUGCCAGCCUGGAUUUAGACCAGCCUGCUCGGACUGAUCCAUUGCAAAGAUCCUCAGGCAAGGGGACAUCCUGAGCAGGUCUUCAGGGACGGCCAAUAUUUCUUUGAAGGAUGCUUUUUACCCCCACACUUUAUGCUGAGGUUGUGAUGCUUUCACAUGUUUGGUUGGCAUGGCAACCAGGGCUACUUCACACCCAGCUUUUCUGGAACUUUAUCGGUCUACAUGUUAGCUUCACAAACAAUACGUGCAAGUUAGUCUUCUCACUUCACACCACACGAGUCUAGUUUAUACUGUAUAUGCCGCAUGGACAAAAGUAUUGGGACAGCUAGAAAGUUGAUUGAUGUUGGACUUGUUCUGCAGUUCUUCCACAGCAAACUCCUACAAACAUGCUUUUAAGGACCUUGCUUUGUGCACUGGGAACAGGAAAGAGCCUUCACCAGCCAAACAGCCUGAGCCAACCAAAAGGAUUGUGGCGCUCAAGGUUGUUUGACCGCGUUCACGACCAAAUGCUUUGGCAUGCAAACAUGUUUCCUUCCGUGUGGAUUUAGGGUGGUCUUUAUAAGACCAAAUGUUGGUCUCAUCAUGUGACACAAGUCUACCUUGCUUCCGAGGCAGCUCCACAUCACACUGUGGCUUCAAUACACACACACACACACCAUGUUGACCUCCAUGCAAACACAUGUACGUGAAGUACAUGCCACAGUAACCGCAUCGUCCUUGUUUACAUCUCUGUCGACAGUGUGUUGUGGGAUGCCAUUACAAAUAUAGACGUGAGCCAAGCGUCGUACACAGUGACGGCUUUUCAACACGUACUUUAAUUUUAGAUGCGCCGAGACAUGAUACCAUUACCAAGCAUUUUGUCUUUUCAAACAAAGCACUCUUUGACUGCUUUUUAGCCUUGUUUGAUCCAAACAUGACUUCGACUUGUAAUAAUAUAAACAAUACUAGAUGCAUAAGGAAUGGUUAUCAUAUAUGUAUUCUUGGUAGGAGUAAAAACAUGUAUGUUCAAUAUCAGUCUAUGAAUAUUUGAGUGUAUGUCUUAGUGGUGGUCACAUUUCGCCACAAACUUUUAUUACUAGAAUAGGGUUUACCACACGCUCUGUUUUUUUUUUGUUUUGUUACUGAAAAAGUUCACAGAGAACCUCGACUUAGUCAACUUAGUAAAGUUACAAAUUUAAGAGACACACAAAACCUCAGGAAUAUUAUCUGAAUGUCACAUUUUAGUAUGUUUAGUAUGUUAUCCUUUUUCUGUUUUUGCCUCCAUCAAAGUUAAUUGCAUUUCUCUCAUAACACUACAAACGUAUUAAUUACCAAAACAAUUUUGAGCAUGCCAUACUUAAGAUGACAGAGCGUUAAGAAAUCAGUUUUCAUCAGCGCCAUUUUCUCCUACUUUCAUAAAAGUCUUAAAGGGAAGGUGACAUGUAAAGUGCUGCUUUGAGAUGCUCUGCAUCAUGUUGCCUUACUGUACAUAAAGAUAUUUAUUGUUUAAAUUAUUCUAUUUAUUCGUCAUUCACAUUAAACAUCAACUGAGGAUAUUUAUGAGUAAUAAAGAAGAUAUAUUUGUUUUAUUGUUGUUCCAUUUAGCAUUUUCCAUUUUUUUAAUCUGAGAGGUACAAUGUAACAACUUUUAUAAAAUGCAUAACACGGCCCAAGUUAGUAUUUCUUCUUACAUUGAUAGUAAUUUCCUAAAGUCCUUAUGUUAAUUGUUAUCUUAAUGGACGGUGAUGCUCACCUUAAUGAUCAUGUGUAGACAUGUAUAAAGUUGUAGUUUAUUGGACUGUAAAGCUUGACACAGGAACGCAAUGAGUGGUGAGGCAGUCACACACAUUGGCAAAGGAAUGAUAAAAGUAAGCCAUAAAUCCAGUUGACACAACCCAAGUGAGUAAUCUGUGUUAUCUGAUGAUUUUAGAGUUAGAUGCUUAAUCUGCAAAUAUUCUUGUCAUGGACAGAGUUCUAUCUAAACUUUAAUGCAUUCUAGCCACAGUUUUUGUAAGUUUUGUACACAGUAAAAUAUUGUAAAACUGUUAUGGCCUUGGU